CGCCGCCGCCGCCGCUCUCGCCUGCCCUCCGCUUCCCUCCUCCUCCGUCGCCGCCGCCGGCCGGGCUGCCGCUGCCAGAUUUACCCUUAGGCGGGCGUUAAAAGAAGCACAAUGGAAUUCUACGAGUCUACCUAUUUCAUCGUCCUCGUUCCCUCCGUCGUGAUUGCCGUCAUCUUCCUCUUCUUCUGGCUUUUCAUGAAGGAAACACUGUACGAUGAAGCCCUGGCGAAACAGAAGAGGGAGCUGAAGUUCCCGCCUGCAAAGACUGAUAAAAAGAAAGCCGAGAAGAAGAAGAGCAAGAAGAAAGAGGCCCAGAACGGGAACCUCCACGAGUCCGACUCCGAGAGCGCCUCAAGGGACUUCAAGCUCUCGGAUGCUCUGGGGCCUGACGAGGAGCACCUCCUUCCUGUCCCCUUGGGUGUGACGGAGGCCCCCACCAACCUUCGAGAGCGCAAGAAGAAGGAGAAGAAGCAUAAGGGCAGUUCGGAGGAGCAUGGGUCAAGGGAAUCGGAGGGGUCCAAACCUGCGGGGAAAAAAGUGGAGCCAGUGCCAGUUACGAAACAGCCCACCCCUCCUUCAGAUGCAGCCGGGUCCAAGAAAAAGACUGGGCAGAAGAAGCAGAAAAAUGGAAUAGAUGACCAGGACGCUAAGAGUGAUUCGUUCCUGUCCCCAACCAAGAAGCAAGACCCUCUCCUAAUACAUCAUGAGAUCAAACAAGAAAGCGCAUCAGGGAAGAAGAAAGUUUCGGCAAAGAAGCAAAGGACAGAUAAUGUGACUACAUUGGUGGAUGAGCCUUUGAUUCAUGCAACUACUUACAUCCCUUUGAUGGAUAAUGCUGAGCAGAACUCAGCGGCGGGAAAGAAGGAAGCCGCUGGUUUGGUGAAACCGGAUGAGAUCAUCGAAGGGCUGCAGAAAGGCAACGCAAAGAAGCUGAAGAACGAAACCGAUAAAGAAAACGCAGAAGUGAAAUUUAAGGACUUCCUCUUGGCGAUGAAGAAUAUGAUCUUCAGCGAAGAGGAGGCCUUGAGCGUGGUGGAGCUGCUGAAGGAGAAAUCAAACGUGAUCCAGGAUGUUCUGCAGAAGGCUAGCAAGGGAGACUCAGCUGCCGCUGUGCAUCAGCUGCAGGAAAAGGAGAAGCUGCUGGUGGCCUUGAAGGAGGAAGCUGCCAUCGCCAAGGAGCAGUGCAAGCAGCUCUCGCAGGAGCUGGUUGCAGAGAAAGAGAGGAACAACCUGGUGGCAGGCAAGAUGAGAGAGAGAAUCGGCACGCUGGAAAAAGAGCACGGCGUUUUCCAAAACAAAAUCCACGUGAGCUACCAAGAAAGCCAGCAGAUGAAGAUGAAGUUCCAGCAGCUUCGCGAGCAGAUGGAGGCGGAGAUCAAUCGCCUGAAGCAGGAGAAUGGUAUCCUGAGAGAUGCUGUCAGCACAUCCGCCAACCAAAUGGAAAGCAAGCAGUCCUCGGAGCUCAACAAACUGCGCCAGGAUUGCGCCAGGCUUGUGAACGAGUUGACGGAGAAGAGUAAUAAGCUGCAGCAGGAGGAGCUGCUGAAGAAGAACGCCGAGCAAGCCCUCAAUCAGCUCAAGGCGCAGCAGCAGGAAGCAGACCGGCGAUGGGAGGAGAUGCAGAGCUACCUCCGCAAGCGGACGGCGGAGCAUGAGGCCGCUCAGCAGGAUGUGCAGAACAAGCUUGUGACCAAGGACAAUGAAAUCCAGAGCCUCCACAGCAAGCUGACCGACACGAUGGUCUCCAAACAGCAGCUAGAACAAAGAAUGAUGCAGCUCAUGGAAGCCGAACAAAAGAGGGUCACAGCUGAGGAUUCGAUGCAAAGGCAGGUUCAGGACCUCGUGGAACAGAAUGAGGCUUUGAAAGCUCAGCUCCAGAAGUUCCAUUCACAGAUGGCCGUUCAGAACUCUGCCUCAGCCCUUGCAGAAGAACUGCACAAAGUAAUUGCAGAAAAAGAUAAACUGAUCAGCCAAGCGGAGGACUCCUUAGCCGACGAACGCCUCAAAUUAGCCAGCAAGGAAGAGGAUCUAAUGGCUGUACAGAAUAUGAACAUGACCUUGAAAGCCGAAAUGCAGAAGUUGCAAGCUCUAACGAACGAGCAGGCGGCGGCUGCACUAGAGCUGGAAAGGAUGCAGAAGAGUACUCACGUCAAAGAUGACAAAAUCGGAAUGCUGGAGGAGCAGCUGCAAGAACACCGUUCCAAUGCUGCAGAUGUACAGGAAGAACUUCAGAAUCUAAAGGAUCAAAACCAAAGUUUGCAGUUGGAAAUUGAGAAGCUGCAGGCUGUCUUGUCUGAGCAGGCUAAUACAGAAUUGUUGGAGCAAAUGGAAAUGAGCAUUACAGAAAAGGAUGAGAAAAUCAAGACGGUUGAAGAACUCCUUGAAACGGGGCUCAUAGAAAUGGCAAAUAAGGAAGAAGAGCUGAAGGCAUUACGAACGGAAAACUCAUCCUUGAAGAGCGAAGUGGUGAAUCUGCAGAGGGCACAAACAGAACAGGGUUCCUUUGCAUCUUUGGUAGAAGAAUUACAAAAAGUAAUCAGUGAAAAGGAUGGGAAGAUCAGGUCUGUGGAGGAGCUCCUGCAGGCCGAAGUCCUGAAAGUUACGACCAAGGAGAAAACAGUCCAGGCUUUGACACAGGAAGUAGAGGCUCUGAAAGAAGAUGUAGGCAAGGCCCAGCUUGAGAAGGACGCACAGAUAUCAGUUGCUCAAGAAGUCAAAGAUCUUCAGAGUCUGUUGAAAGGGAAAGAGGAACAGGUGAGAAGUAUGGAGCUGUUACUGAAAGAGGAGAGAGAGAGAGCGAAGAUGGGAGAGCGGCUGCAGGCAUCUGCAGAAUCUGCAAAUAAAGACCUGGAGGCUCUCUUGAAAGGGAAGCAAGGGGAAUUACACAAACUGGAGUACUUGUUGGAUGAGAGGGGGAAAGAAGGGGCUCAGCAGAGGAAAGAGCUGCAGAGUGUGCAAGAGGAGAAUCGGUUGUUAAGGGCACAGAUCCAGGAAAUAAAGCAAGAGAACGGAGAACAGGAAUCUCUGGCUAGCAAGAACGAACAACUCCUGCAGCUCAUUGCAGGGAAAGAGAGCGAGAUCACCAGCCUCCGGGAAGAGUUGGGCUCCGUGAAACAGGCAGUGGAGCAGCAGAGGCAAAAGAACAACGACCUCCGGGAGAAAAACUGGAAAGCCAUGGAAGCAUUGGCCUCAACCGAAAAAUUGCUGCGGGACAAAGAGACCAAGACCGCUAAGGAGAGGCAGCAGUCCGUGGAGGCGGUUGAAAAAGAGACGAGAACUGCCCUGCAGAAGCUGUUCCCUGCCGUGUCUCUUCCUUCCUCUUUGAGCCACACGGAAUGGAUGCGUGGGUUUGAAAAGGCAGUGAGGGAACAUACAAAAGAGGCGCCUCGAUCAGAGGAGGUGAAGGUGAUGGAGCAGAAGCUAAAGGAGGCAGAUGAGCUGCAUAUCAUGUUGCAGCAGGAGUGCGAAAAGUACAAAGCGGUCCUUGCGGAGACGGAGGGCAUCUUGCAGAGGCUACAGAGAAGUGUGGAAGAGGAAGAGAGCAAAUGGAAAAUAAAAAUUGAAGAAUCACAGAAGGAACUCCAACAGAUGCGCUCAUCAGUUAGCUUUUUGGAGCACGAAGUAGAAAGAUUAAAGGCAGAAAUUAAAGAAGUUGAUUCACUUAAAAAGGAGCGGGAACAUCUGGAACACGAACUGGAGAAAGCAGAAAUAGAGCGAUCGACGUACGUUUCAGAAGUCCGAGAGCUCAAAGAUCUCUUGACUGAAUUGCAGAAAAAACUUGAUGAUUCAUACUCUGAAGCAGUAAGGCAGAAUGAAGAGUUAAAUUUGCUGAAAACCCAGUUGAGUGAGACGUUAUCCAAGCUUAAAAUAGACCAGAAUGAGAGGCAGAGCGUAACCAUGGAUUUGCCGAAGGCCCAGGAGUCGUUGGUGACUCUUGAAAGGGAACUAGGAAAAGUUACGGGAGACACCGAUGUGAUCGAGAAUAGCGACGUUUGUUCUCAGACGGCAGGAACCGAUAAAGGCGUGAACUUAGCCGUGAGUCUAAGUCAGGAUAUUGCCCAUCUCAAGAAACUGCUUGCGUCAGUCAACCAAAUGCUCACGAAGGGAAAAGAACACUACCAGCUACUAGAAUGAAAUCACGGGGAGAUCGUUCAUUUGAGGGUAGCAGAAGGCACUGUAUUUUAUAUUUUGCCAAAUUAAAGCCUUAUUUAUGUGUUCACCCUUUCUACUUCGUCAAACACUGAACCAGAGUGUUGUCUUUUCUACUCCUUGUUAGACUACUGAUUUAAACAAGAUGAAGAAGACGACUCUGUAGACACCUCCAGAGUUUAGUUUUAUAAUUUAAAAAAAAAAUAAACGGUUUGGAUAAUUAGAGCUUUACAUUCCUGGAGCGACAGUAAACGUGUAACCUUUUAUCUUUUACUAUGCUCAGUAAAACUUGUUCAGACACACACCUGACGUAGUAACGACAGCCGUGAACAAAUAACCUUUUAAUACCGACGGUCUGCACUGUUUUACUUAGAUACAUUUUGGGAGUAGCUGCCUCUGACUUCCACCUUCAAGUAAACACUCCUAUUUUUUUUGGUUGCUAAUGUAAUCCAUUUUUGUAAUGGUGUCAGCAAAUAAAGGGAUGCUUAUUACUCA